AUGCACUUUACAACUCGAAGCAGUUCAUUUAUUAUGCGUUAUGUAGUAUUACACAAGCAAUUUUGUUCAAAAUCUCCACCACAAUUACCUGAAGAACCAACUACAUGUUGUAUGUCAGGAUGUGCCAAUUGUGUUUGGAUUGAGUAUGCAGAAAAAGUUAAAAAAAUACUAACAGACAGUGAUAGUAAACAAGUUGCACAAACAAUAUUAGACAAAGUACAAGAUCCGAACAUGAAGGCAUUUUUGACCAUAGAAUUUAAAUCAAAAGGUCUUUGA